AUGUCCAAAGCACUCUUGACAAUCCUGUGCAAACCUGCUCCACUCAUGGCUGUCCACAUUUUGUCUACAGGGGACACCGCCCUUCCAGGCUCUCAGGCCAAGAACACUGAGGUCAUCCUUGAUAUUAAGGAAAGGGAAACUAACACAUUCCAUGUCAUGCUCUGCAUCACUCCUGCUAGGACUCACAAAUCCAUGUCUUCCCUUGGCCACUUCAACUCAUGUAUGACCCUUUCUUUGACUCAUGAUUUAUUGCUCUCAGUUACUCCUUUUGCCAGAUUUAUAAACUGUCUAAGUUUCUCCAAGAGGCUUUUUGAUGAUAGGCAAGCACUGUUGGCCACUCAUGUCUGCCUACCCACUGCUACAGCUCCUGACCUCCUGUCCUGUUCCUGGCUAAAAACAGCACAUGAUGGAGAUGCAAGAUUGGCCUUGGAUGAACUGGAAAGAGUGUCCCUCUUGCAAAUGCUGCUGGAGAGACCAGGGGCAGAGAGGGAGGACGGUCUUAGGGAAGCAGGUCUCAGUACCGACAUUGCUAACCAUAAAGGAAGUAUGAGAAAAUUUCAGGCUUUCUCUGGACAAGAUCCUAACAUUUUCCUGAGUCAUCUUUUGGGCAGAAUCAGGAAACCAGAUAAGAAACACGGACCUUCCUCUGAAUGCUUCUGGAAAUACUGUGUCUGAAGUGAAAUGAACACCUACCUACUAGUCAACUCAAAAACAAUCAUCUUAGAAAGUUAAAAACAAA